AUGGAUUCCAGUAUCAUCAAUACAGUCCUCAAACACGGUCAAGAAGAGCGCAAAGUGGACAAAGAUUUCAUCAACAGAUGGGUUCUUGUUCAGCGCCCCCAUCAAGUCACUUUCCACAAGCCAACCGAGCCUCCCGUCCACGCGUUUGAAAGCGGCUUCCUGGGAGCCUCAGUAAAAGCCCUUCAAGAGUUUGUCUCAUCAAACUUUGGCCAAAGCGGUCUUGGAUCUAGCAGCUCUGACGACUGGAUCGCACAUGAUGCUUUCGCUGUCAUUGACGCGCGUACUGGCGAAGGAGAAGAUCUCACCGAAGAAGAUGCCCACCAUCUCUUCCAGAAUCUGCGUGAUCAAGCAGGCAACAUGGUAGUUAAUCCUUUAUACACAACCCUCGAGUCUGGAAUGGAGCAGAUGAACAAGUGGCUUGGGGAACAGGGUUCCAGCGGUCAUCUGGUUUGGAUAGAAGCAAGAAUGGCAUCAGCCGGCGCCAUUACAAAGACCUACGGAAUCUGGAACAUAGGUGUGGUGGCGGCACUUACUCAGGCCAAAGACACAUUCUUGGAUACAUGA